GCAGAGGAAGCAAAACUGGGUGAAAGCUUAAAACCCAGAACAUUUUCUCCCUCCGAAUUUUCAAAAAUGGCGAGACUUCUUCUGCGCUAGUCACUUUCUGCAUGUACGCGCCGUUUGGGGGUCCGAUUGGUUCUAAACCUAGUGCAGCCGCCGGAGCCCAACCCGACCCGGAAAUGGCAUCAGCUGAGCACUUGGUUCUCGAGCUCAGCAACCCUGAGCUUCGAGAAAAUGCUCUCGUUGAACUCUCCAAGAAGAGAGAACUGUUUCAAGAUUUGGCUCCAUUGUUGUGGAAUUCUUUCGGUACUGUUGCUGCUCUGUUGCAGGAAAUAGUUUCAAUAUACCCUGUUUUGUCCCCACCCAAUCUAACUCCUGCCCAAUCAAAUCGAGUUUGCAAUGCUCUUGCUCUUCUCCAGUGCGUUGCGUCUCACCCAGACACGAGGACGUAUUUCCUUAAUGCUCAUAUACCAUUAUAUUUGUACCCUUUUCUUAAUACAACAAGCAAGUCAAGACCGUUUGAGUACUUGAGGCUUACCAGCUUAGGUGUCAUUGGCGCCUUGGUGAAGGUUGAUGACACAGAAGUGAUUAGCUUCCUUCUCUCCACGGAAAUAAUUCCCCUGUGCCUGCGCACCAUGGAAAUGGGAAGUGAGCUGUCAAAAACAGUCGCCACAUUUAUUGUUCAAAAGAUUUUGUUGGAUGAUGUGGGCUUGGAUUAUAUUUGUACUACAGCAGAACGGUUUUUCGCAGUAGGUCGAGUGUUGGGGAAUAUGGUUGCAUCACUUGCUGAACAACAUUCAUCACGUUUAUUGAAACAUAUUAUUCGUUGCUACCUUCGACUAUCUGAAAAUCCAAGGGCUUGUGAUGCUCUAAGAAGUUGUCUUCCUGACAUGUUAAGAGAUACUACCUUCAGUGUUUCCCUCCAGGAAGACCAAACGACAAGGAGAUGGCUUCAGCAGUUGCUUCACAAUGUUGGAGUUAGUCGGGUUCUUGGGCUUCAGGCUGGAGCAGGGUUUGAUCAUAUGAUGGUGACUCAACAGCAUAAUUAUUAAUUAUUCGGAGUGCCAUCUGAUACUUAUGCAUCAGAAAGGCUACGUAGGUCUAGUUUAUCAAGCUAAAUGCUAAUAGGCAAAUUCUGUCGCUCUAAUUAACUAAUUACAAAAUGUUACUUUUGUAACCUGGGCUUGUAAGCUUUGCUCUGCCGAUCAGAAUGAUGAGUUCACAAAGCACAUUUCUGGAAGUUGGUUUGCUCCUAACCUGGGCUUUGUAAGCUUUGCUAUGCUGAUAUGUCUACUUUUUGCAUUGUUCAGUUUUCUCGGUCUAGAUUGUGCUAUUAUAAAUGUGCAAGUACUCUUAUGCCGUUCUGCAGUAAGAUAAAAGAUGGGCGGUGCAGUUGUAAAAGAUGAAGACAUUUAUAGAGAAGAUAGAAGCCACGGAGGAACCAGUGUUUUGGUUUCUCAUGAUCCAAUCUAUCCCUUUUGAAUUAUAUUAUCCGCUGACGAUUUUUAAGCCGAGUAAUAGCCCAAAUCUGCAGAGGCCAGCAGAGUAACCACCACAGCUACAAAUAGCACGGAGAGAGACAGAGGAUCUGAACCCAAAAAAGAAAAGAAAAGAAAAGAAAAGAACUACUAGCUACUCCCGUGUUUUUCUUUUCCGAGAGAUUAAUGUGUUCCGGCCAACAUUAUAAGUUCUGUAGAAGAGUCUUACAGAAUUCUCAGCGCGAUGCAACUGCAGUCGUAUGUGACUGUUGAAUUCGAACCAGAAAGCCGCAGCUGAUAUUGGGCGUCCAGAAUUACAGUCAUUUAACAAAGUGUAGACAUUGCAGAACAUCAGGUGGAUCUUGUACGCGGAUUUACCGUCGAGUCGAAACCUCAAUCUAAGGGUUCAUACUUCAUACGCAUAUGAGGUCAGUUCCUUCUGUUGGCUCUGCAAAUUUUCAUGUUUUAACAAAUUACAAGAUCACUGCUAGAUUUGCAAUCAAGGGCAGUCGAAAUGGAUUACUUUGUCUCCCAAAGUCUAAUAUAUGCCAAAAUAAGUGCACCAUCAACAUUCACUUGAUGCUUAGAAAAUACUCUACCACUCCUCAUUCAUCAAAAACUGAAUGCAAAGAAAAAGACAAAAAAAUCAUAUACAGUACAUGUUAGCAUUAUACUAGUACCUUGUUUAUUUUAUUGCUUGCUACAUUUGUAUAACUAUCAUAUA